UCCCCCGCCACAGACGGGGCGUUAUCGCGCGGCGCAGACGGGCGCGCGGGCGACUGCGACUCGCCGGCGGCAGGAAGCAGGGGGCCGAGAGAAGAGCAUGUGACGGCCGUGCCGCGGACAUGCCGGUGCUGGGGACGACGCGGCGGCGCCUGCUGCUCGCGGUGGCGCUGGCGGUGGCGCUGGUGGCGCUGGUGGCGCCGCCGGCGACCUGCCAGCUCGACGCCGCCCGCAGGAAGUCCCGCGAGAACAACACCAAGUGCCCGCAGGUCAAGGCCAUCAGGAACUUCCACCUCGAAGGGCUGCUGGGCCAGUGGUACGUGGUGCAGUACUACGCCAGCUCGGAGGAGGCGCUGUCGUACCGCUGCAUGCGCGCGGUUCUGUGGGUGUCGCCGCUCCGACCCGAGGUGUCCAUGAACUUCACGUACGUGUUCGCCGACGACCCGGACGCCGACCUGCUGGCGGGCAACAUCACGUGGCGCGUGCCGGACCCCGCGCGGCCCGCCCACUGGCUGCACGAGGAGGACUCCUACGAAGGGGUGUACAACACGUACGUGCUGGACUCUGACUACCGCUCGUGGGCGCUGCUGCUGCACUGCGCCGAGAAGUCGGGCAGCCCGCGCUACCUGUCCAGCUUCGUGAUGAGCCGGCGGCCGGAAGCGGAGCCCAACGUGGUCAGCUACCUGCGCGACAAGCUGCCGCGCUACGACGUCGACCUGGAGUACGUGUUCGCCAUGCGGCAGGACGGCUGUCCGCCGGGGCCCGGGGGCGGCGGCGGCGGCGGGGGCGGUCCCGGGGGCGGCCCUGGGGGCGGCGUGGACCCGCGCCUGCUGGCCAGGAACCUGGGCAACCCGGCGGCGGCCCGGCGGCGCCACCCCAUGCAGAACGUGCACUGACCACGCCUUCCUCUGAUCCUCAUCAUCACGCACCAUGUCGUCGUCAUCAUCUUCAUCCACUACUGUUUUAACUCAACUUUAGAACUAACCAAUUACAUUUUUAUAAUAAAUAUCCCACGUUCGUUGAUUUUUUUAUUUUUUUUGUAAACGGGAAACUGCUACUGGAUUUUAACUUUCAUUAUUGUGGAACGGUUUACAAACACAGUCGGCUAGUUGAAUGCCCCUUUCGAAAUUUCCGACAUUAUAAAAUUACCGAAAUGGUUGGAGAAAAAAAAACUGGUAUUUGAACAUGCUGGAAAUGGUUUAUAUAUAUAUAUAUAUAUAUAUAUAUAUAUAUAUAUAUAUAUAUAUAUAUAUGGUACCACAUCAAAAAGUCCUAAGUCAUUUCUUGAAAUAUUUUUUUUUUUAUUUGUUUCAUUCGGCUUUGUUUGGUGCAGUUAGGAAGUGUACACCUUCUUUGACACUUACCUAUGUAGUACUUAAAAUAUGACAUGUAAAAAAACACAAAAAUAAAAACAAUCAAUCACAA